CUUACGGCACCGUCGUCAUCCCCACAGCCGCCUGCUGGCGAUGCUGCCAUCUCAACGAACGCCUUUGCAGGCGUCGAGACUUCUCAGGUUCGGCCCUUCCUUGCAGGGCUAGAGGAAGCAGCAGCAGCAGCUCGCUCUCCGACAGCUUCGAACAGCGGCCUGGAAGAUGGCGCUACGGCCCAGUCUGUGACCGUGGACAGUGGAGACUCUCAACGCGAGGACUCACCAUGGCCUGGCGCGUUGCUUGAGCAGCAGCUCUCGCAGGAGCUGGGUCUACCUCCUUCACCCUUCACGGCACGGCCAGCUCCGGCUGCAGUCCUGCACCGCAGAGUAGAGGAUCUCUCGGAUGCACCAUCCCAGCUUUCAAAGCCGGGCAUGCAGGUUGGUGGCAGCACCGCGGCUGAGAUAGAAGCAGACACUCCUCUGGCGAUGUCAGCUCCGCCGGUUACGCCACACUCACACGCUCCUGGUCUUGAGGAGGCCAAAGCCGGUUCCUCAUCAUCUGCCGUGAAGACCUCAAAUCAGCGGAAGCGCGCUAAGCCGAGGACCGCAAAGGAUGCUCCUAAGGUUAGCAAGGGCGAUAAGGAGUUUAAACCUGAUGAAUCUUCGGAGUCGGAUGAGGACGCUCCUGCGAAGAAGAAGCAAAGGAAGAAAACAACGGCUAAAACUGAGGCCGAUGCGUCCGGAGGAGGUCGGAAGAAACGCACGAGGGCGCAGGGUGCCACUGCUCGAUCGCGAGCAACGAAGUCAGUCAAGGAGUCGCCGAAGCGGGUGGGGAAGGCGGUAGCAGCUACGGACGAGGAAAGCCAGGAUGCCGAAACGGCUGCCAAUACUCGCCGUGUCGGCAACGAAACGGAAGACUUUGUCCACACCACAGAUCAAGAUACUAACGCUGCAGACGAUGAGAAUCAAGAACAGGCAGAUGACCCAGCACCGAAACCCACCCGCACACGCAAUCCCAUCGGCCCCCGCGAACUCUCCCAGCUAACCUCCACAUCUACAACCCCGUCCGC